GGCAAGCUUUCGUUAACAAACGUAGACCGUCGGCUUUCUCGUAGCAUUCAUUUGGAGAGCAGAAAGACUCACUUACCCCUUUCACCUUACAAGGAUGGGAGUAGCAGAGACCACCUUCACCUGGAGAGGGCCAGGCUCCCCCUAUCGCACUUAUGUUGGGAAUGCAAUAAGAUGCUGCGUGCAUAAAAGAUGGUCCUCGUCGCUUUUUUCACUCAAGCAAGUGAUUUGAUUCUCGAUCCAAAUUGAACAACACUCCGUGUGCACGUACAUGCCCAUUGGGGAGAGAAUGGAAGCGCAUGUUUCGGAAACUUCUAUUGCAACUUCUAUUAUUCUUCCGUUGUUUCUAAACUUCUAUUGCCUAAGCAGUAUGCCAGCCAACGCUGAGUUUCCUUCAGAAAAUUUGUUUGGUUCGCUGCAGGAUCAUGCAAAAGAUCAUUCAUUCUCAAAGUUGUUUGUCAUCCACAACCUCAGUGGAAACAUUGUAGUUGUGUCGAGGAUAAUAUGACAGGAAUCUGUUUAUUCUGCCCACCAUCUCUUCUUGGGGUGCGCCGCGCAGUCUGGCUCAACUCUAAUAUGUGAC